AUAGGUACAAACUGAGAUCCCUGACCUUCCUAGCCACUGACGGCACUAAACGUGAAAGUAACGCCGUGUGUUUAAAUCGAGUCCCAACCGGAGAUAUUAUCCUGUCAGUCCGUAUUGCUUCACUUACUGCGCAUGUACAUUACAAGUGUACCAGCGUUAACCGAAUAAGACGAAACCCGUACUGGGUUUUUAUGGAGAAGAUAUGUGAUAUGUAAGUCAAAAUGAUUAUCUACCUGAACAACAUACCCAACCUGGACAACGGAGAGCUACAGUAACUGUGUAUCUAGCUGGUAGGAAAUAGUGGAGGCUUACCGUUACCUGGGACAGUACACACCCACGUCGUUCAUCAGCUGAUGUCGAACAUCAAAGUUAAUUGAUUAAUUGACACAUGGUGGUUGAUUGUCUUUACCUUUCAUUUAGUUAAAGUGUAUGUAGAUAAAUUCUACAAAUGUAGGAUAACGUGUUAUUAACAUCCGAAUAGCAGCAUGGAGUGUUGGUUAUAUGACAUGAGACAAGUCGUUACUUCGGUGUGGUUAUUGGCCGUAUUUUGUACAUACGGAAAUGUAGCAGCUCUAUCCCUGAACGAUGUGAUCCGAUAUUAUGAGCCGGUCCAUUUUGACAGCCAUACCUUGUUAUCGGAUCACCACCGAGUACGGCGAGGGACGGACGAAGGACUGAGGCUAACUUUCCGAGCUUUUAACAGGGACUUUCGCCUGAAGCUUCGCCCAAAUAAUCACCUGUUCACAUCAGACGUCGUGUUCGAGAGUUCCACAGGAAGUAUAACUUACGACACUUCCGGUGCCUAUACCGGAUCAGAUGAAGACGACACUGGUAGCAGAAUUUAUGGAGUGAUAACAUCAGCUGGUCACUUUGAGGGACAUCUCCUGUAUCCUAACGAGACGUACAAUAUUGAAGCUGCCAGACGACACUUUAAAAAAGACACAAAUUUCAGCUCUGUUAUAUACAGAUCGUCGGAUAUGUCGGUAAACACCCGUGACAUGAUGUGCAAGUCUGACGAACUCCAUCGGAAGAUAAUGAAACACCAGAUAUUAGAUGAAAUAGAUGGACAGCGUCAUCGGCCGACAGAGAAGUGGUCAGACCGGUACAAGUCAUCAAAUCGACAACGGCGCGCCAUCGACCCAACGAAGACGGUUUGUGAGCUGUACUUAAAGGCCGACCACACUUUCUUUAAUAAAUUUGUCACUCACGACGCCGUCUUGGACCAGAUGACCAAUCACGUGCAAGCUUCGAAUGACAUAUUCAGCCUGAUAGACUUUGACGGUGAUGGGUCUGCCGACAGCAUUACGUUCCAGAUAAAGCGGGUGACGAUAUACAACGACCCGACAGCGACGGGGUAUCCCUUCCCUCUCCAGUACAGUGUAGACAGCAUGUUAGACCUACACUCACGGGAGAACUACACCGAUUACUGUCUGGCUAUCCUCUUCACCAACAGGGACUUCAGUAACGGUGUCCUUGGUCUUGCCUGGACAGCUCAGACAGGUUACGCCGGUGGAGUCUGUGAAGGAUACAGGACAUAUCAUGGAGAGUCUAAAAGUCUUAAUACGGCCCUGGUAACAAUGCUGAACUACGGACGGGACGUGUCCUCAGCGGUCUCACAUGCUACCCUGGCUCAUGAAAUAGGACACAACUUUGGAUCUCAGCACGACCCAGAAACUGCAGGUACCUGUUCUCCGGGAACCGGAAAUGGGGGAAACUUCAUCAUGUUUCCAAUGGCAACAUCAGGCUAUGAGGUAAACAACCAGAAGUUCUCCACGUGCAGUGUGGCUUACAUGGCGCCAAUUCUGGAAUCUAGAGCGCGGGAUGCGACAAAUGGAUGUUUCAAAGCGUCGGGUGCACCUAUAUGUGGAAAUAACGUCAUUGAAGCUGGCGAAGAGUGCGAUUGUGGCUGGGAGGACACUUGUACUGAGACGUGCUGUAACCCACAGGCUGCCAGUCCGACAGCCACGCCCUGUACCAAGGUCAACGUGUCAUCUUCCUCGUGCAGUCCAAGUGAGGGUCCCUGCUGUAGUCCCUCAUGCACACUGUAUACAUCCGGAGAAAAUCAUAUUUGUCGAGCUAACAGCUCCUGUCUCGCUGAGGCGCUCUGUGACGGAUCAUCUACGAGUUGUCCAGCCUCCACUUCCGCUGCCAACGGAACGCAGUGCGCUGAAGGUCAGGUGUGCUAUUUAGGGGAAUGUUCCGGCUCCGUAUGUAUCGCCCACAGCCUGGAGGCCUGUCAGUGUAGCCCAACCACGGCAAACGACUGGAAGGACGAAAAGCUAUGCCAGGUCUGCUGUACAUACAAUUCCGUCUGCACACCAACCACUAAUAUCCCUACUAUUCCCACCACAAAUGCUUUGGCGGGGAGUGCAUGCAACAACUACAGGGGGUACUGCGACGUAUUCUACGUGUGCCGAGAGGUGGACCCCACGGGCCCCCUGCUGGCCCUGAAGAAACUGCUACUGGACGGGGAAGUGUUCCAAACCCUGAAAUCCUUCCUCACACAACACUGGUAUAUAGGGAUAGCUGCCGGUGUCGUCCUCAUCAUCAUUCUGAUCCUGGUCGCAAAGUUUUGCUCUAAAAGUCACGGACCUCCACCGAGUCAACGAAACAACCAAGUGGGUGAUAACAGAUCCUCGCGGGAUAACGGAAGAGAAAUCGAUAUGUACAAUUUACGUCGACGAUAGGACUGACGUUGAUAUGUAUAAUUUACGUCGACGAUAGGAUAGACAUAUAUAUUUACAAUUUACGUGAACGAAAGGACAGACAUCUAUAAAAACAAUGUAUGACGGCGAUAGGACAGACAACCAUAUGUACAAUUUACGACGGUAAUAGGACAGACAUAUAUAUGUACGAUUUACGUCGACGAUAGGACAGGCAUAUGUAUAGAUACAAUUUACGACGGCGAUAGGACAGACAUAUGCAUAGAACAAUUUAAUACGGCGAUGGGACAUAUAUCGAUAUGUGCAAUACACCUAGACGGCAGGACAGGUGUCUUUAUAUACAUUAUAACACGACGAUAGGGCAGACAAUAUGUACAAAAGAUGAAAAAAAUAGGACAACAGGCGAUAUAUUUAUUUACAGACAAAUAGUACGGUGACAGUGAUUUGUCCGCUGACCAAAUGUGCCUGUGUUAAAACACGGUAUGUUGACUAGAAGUUGAAGACAGUGUAAAUGGCACAUGAAUACACAACCAUAACGGAAUGGUGAAGUAUUGCCCGCUUCCCUUUUCAAAUGUUCGGACAUAUAUGCUCUCACUGAAUUAACCAUUCAUUACACUGUCUAAUUCAUGUGUGUUUACCGUUACGCUUCUCAUUAAUGAAUUCAACAAACUCCAAGCACACUAUUACUAGCCGGACACUGACGUUCUACGACGUUAUUAUCUUCUACUUCUAAAUGGUACUGACCAACUUCAACAAUUUGAAGAUAAAAUGUCA